AUGCCUGCUGAGUUCACUUGCUGUUGGUCCUUCGUCCCUGGACUGUACCAGGCAGCCAGGAAGCACCACGACGGCGUGGGCGGCGUACCAUUCCUCCUUCGCUUUCUCGCCAACGAGUCUGCCUUGCCAGCUCACCAGCCUCCUGCCCGCCGCGCCUCAUCUCGACAUCGUCAGUUGGUCCUCAUCCGAAUAUCGCGACUGGGCCGCUCCAAGGCAGCGGCGCUUGGGGGUCGGUUGGGGCUCAGCAAGGUGGAUUGGGAGUUGGGGUUUGAAAACUUGGAAUUUGAAACUGUUAAGCCCCGUCAGGCGCCAGUCAAAGACACGGAAGAACUCAUUCGAGGCACGGGCGGCAGGUGGAAGGCGCGGCGCGCGAAGUGGCAGGCGGCACAGUCGACGGGGGGCGGCACAGUCGACGGGGGGCGGCAGUGA